AACGGAGCGAUGGAGGAAGAGGAGGAGGAAGGCGCGGCUGGAGAAAAUGGAGAGAAUAUGACAGAGGAGGAAGGCUGUGGACUUGUCAUCCAUCAACACCAUGUUGUCGACGGUGAUGAAUGCAGGCCAGCUCAACGGAGCCCGAGCCUUCCACACCCUCCACCCCAUCAGCAAGACCACCCUGCCCAGACCCCCUAGUGUCAACCGCAACGCCCGGAGGAACACCACGGAAGCCAAAGACUUCAGUACAGAUUUCAUCUGUCCCCUGUGUGACAAGGACUGUAUGACCCAGCACCAGCUCACUAUGCACAUCCGACAGCACAACUCGGACAACGGGGCGACGGACCACUCAUGCAGCAUCUGUGGCAAGGCCCUGAGCUCAGCCAGCUCGCUGGACCGCCACAUGCUAGUGCACAGUGGAGAGAGGCCAUACAAGUGCUCCUUCUGCGGACAGACUUUCACCACCAACGGCAACAUGCACAGGUCAGACACCCACCCUCACUCACACUCACUCCAACUCUCAUUGGUUAUCACUACCUGCUGA